AUGCCAGAUCACAGCAUCGGCGAUCAAAUCGCGCACCCCCACGUGAUCUCCACGCACAAAUGUGCUGCAUCCGUUCUGGCGAUCGACUAUGGCGCAGACUGGAUCAAAGCCUCGCUGAUGAAGCCCGGAGUCCCUUUCGAUUCUACUGUAGGCUGGAAACAAACGACAGCUGUUGGGUCCGACGCCGCUGCAAUUGCAGGACGGUAUCCCCAAGAUUCAUUCCCCUUGCUCAAAUUCCUUCAGGCAGCGCCGUACGACUCUUCUGCGGCUCCUUCUACAAGUCAUUCCACCGCAGACUUGGUCGAGACGGAUCGGGGCACAGUUGCUCUCCGUCGCUCGGACGGCACCGAGUGGUCCGUCGAGGAGCUUAUUGGCAUGCAGCUGUCGUACGUGAAACAACUGGCAGAGGACUUCUCUGGAGAGAAGGUCUACGACGUGGUGGUCACUGUUCCCCCGUACUACACCAUGUUCGAGCGGGAUGCAGUAGCAGACGCGAUCGAGAUUGCUGGCAUGCGUACCCUCGCACUUGUCAACGACGGUACUGCUGUAGCAGUCAACUACGCCAUGACACGGACGUUCUCCCAGCCAGAGUAUCAUGUCGUCUACGAUGCGGGUGCUUCGUCCAUUCGCGCACUCGAUCCGAAGGCGAAGAGCCUUACCAGGACAGCAUCCAGAUUACGGUCGAGGUACCUCUGGAAGGAGGCUGGUCGCGUGAAGGCGGUCUUGAGCGCGAAUACAGAUGCGACGGCGUCGGUGGAGAGUUUGGCUUGGGACAUCGACUACCGCUCCAAGAUCACCCGCGCAGACUUCGAGAUUGCAUGCAGAGACCUUAAGGGCGAGUUCUCUCGUCCCAUCUUUGACGCGCUAGCUAGUGCCGGUAUGCACUGGUAUGACGACAUCUCCUCUGUGAUUCUCACCGGUGGUGCCUCGAGGACUCCCAUGAUUCAGUCAGCCGUGAAAGCCGCGGUCGGAGAGAACAAGAUUGCUCUGAACGUCAACGCCGACGAAGCCGCCGUUCUCGGUGCCGCUCUCCACGGCGCGUCGCUGAGCAAGCAGUUCAAGACAAAGGACAUCCGCGUGACGGACAUGAACCCGUACGACAUCCAGACGUCGUACACCGCAGAGAACAAGAAGGUGCCGAACGGGAAGCCGCGCACAAUCAACACACUGGUCUUCCCCGCAGGCACCAAGACGGGUACGAAGAAGACCUUGACGCUCAAGCGCGCGGAUGACUUCCCAUUGAAGCUGGCGUAUAAGGGUGCUCCCGCCCCAGGCUUCCCGACGGACCUACUCGUAGCAAAGAUCGGCGGAGUGGCGGAGGCAAUCAAGAACCUGACGGAGUUGGGUGCUACGGACCCGGUUGUAAAGGCUACGCUGAGGUUCUCCGACUCGGGCUUUGCGAGCGUCACCGAUGCAAUAGCCUACGGCGAAAUAAAGGAUGGCUCGCUAACCGGGUCUUUCUCAGGCAAAUCGGAAGAGGUGGUCGACGGCGAUGCGGCAGAAGGCGAUCAAGCGGCCUUCGCUGCGCCAUUGCCUUCGACGUCCGCAGCCGUAUCGGAGCAGAAGACGGAGGAUACAAUCGCGCUUGAUGUGCAAGUGGACUUCCCGUCGCUCCAACCGCUUUCCGUGGCGGCAAAGCGACAGUCUCGUGCACGGCUUACGGUCAUUGACAACGAAGAGGCAGGAAAGCGGCACAGGGAGGAAGCCCGGAACAGCCUAGAGGCUUAUAUCUACAAACUACGUGACCUCCUUGACGAAAACAACCCAGACACACCGUUCGUCAAGUGCUCUCAAGAAGCUGAGCGCAAGAGGAUUGCCGAAAACCUGAAGGAGACGGCUGUUUGGAUUUCCGACCAUGGUGAUGAUGCUGAUACGAAGGAACUCGUCGCGAAGCGCAGUGCAUUAGAGAGCUUGGAACGGCCCAUCUUCGUCCGCUACGAAGAGAUCAAGGAGUUUCCUCACGCGCUGAACAUGAGUCAGUUGAUGAAUUGGCAAACACGACUGUUCCUAGGGGAGGCCAAGCAGGCACUGAUUACCGCCGAGGAAGGUGGGACACCGGCGAAGUAUACGGUGAGCGAGAUCGAGGGUCUGCAGAAGGCUCUCGAAGACCACGAACGAUGGCUCAACGAGUGGGUGGAGAAGCAAAAGAAGGUGGCGAUGAAUGAGGAUCCCGUCAUUCUGACGAGCGAGAUGAGGGCACGGGCGAAGACUCUGGACAACGUGCUGCAGAAGCUGAGGAACAAGAAGAUGCCUAAGGUGCCGAAGAAAACAAAUACCACGAGCGCAAGCGCGGACGCCACAGGGACUCAGCAGACGGAGUCGACGGGGGCGGGUGGAUCGUCGCGUAGCUCUUCGUCCGCUUCAGCGUCGCAUCCUUCCAGCGAGAAGCACGAUGAGCUGUGA